CGAUGGUUCAGUGGAGCCUGUGUACUUAGCUACGAGGGACAGAAACUCACAUCAUUUCAACCGCGUUGCAGGGUCUAGAGCGAACCUUCCGGUAUGCAAUGAUACUCUUUUCCACUAGUCUUCAACAGCUGUGUUACUUUCAGAAGUGAUUAUAAAAGGAGCGAGUUUUGCACUCUCUUUCAAUCCCAGAACGCCUCAGUUACUCAUUACAAUCAUCAACACCUGGUUACAGUAAACCGUCCAUUCUUUUAACAAUUAUCAUACAAUGAAGUUCUCAGCCAUCGCUCUUGCCUCUGUCGCCGCUGCUGCCACCACAGAGAUCACCUCCGUCGAGACCGUUUCCAACGAGUCUACUGUCGUUGAGACCAUCACCUACUGUGGCCCAGAGACCUGUGUCACCAGCACCGUCUCUUCUGCUAUCACUACAACCACCUCUACUACCACUGGUGACGAGGAGGUUGUCUAUGCUACCACCACUGUUGCUCCAGCAACCACUGUCUCUUCUUUGACCUCAGAGGAGACCUCAGAGACUACUUCUGAGGAAGCUGCUCAAAUUACCUCCACCGAGAUUGUUUCCAACGAGUCUACUGUCAUCGAGACCAUCACCUACUGUGGCCCAGAGACCUGUGUCACCAGCACCGUCUCUUCUGCUGUCACUACAACCACCUCUACUACUACUGGCGAGGAAGAGGUUGUUACUGGUACUACAACCCUUGCCCCAGAAGCUUCUGUUUCUUCCGAAGAUGAGACAACAUACGUUGACAUUACAACUACACCAACUGUAACUGAGUCCAUCCUCACCUCUACUGAUACCACUGUCACCCCAACUAUCUACAGUACUUACAACUCUAACGGUACCUCCUACUCUGUCAACGCAUACGAGGGUGCUGCUGGUUCUUUGAACCCGGUUGUUGGUGCUGCUGCUGCUAUUGGUGCCUAUUUGCUAUUCUAAGACUUCAGACCAAGGAAAGAAAUCGAAAAGAUUAACAAUAUAGACACGUUG